AUGAAGUGGUUGCUGCUGUGGGCUCUCGCCCUCUUAACUAUGGGCGAGACGCUCGCUCUGCCGAAUUCCCGGUUCGUGUCCGCGAAUGAUCUUCCUUCCCCAGCAAACGAGAACAUCAAGGUCGCUAUCACUUUCAAGCUUGAGGAAGAAACUCUUCGCCGGCGACUAUACAAAUCCAUUCGGAGCUCAAUGACAGUGGGCGAACUGAAAAACGCGUUGAGGACAAAAGAGGCGUGGGUCGGAGAUCUCUCAAGCAUCACAUCUGCUCUCCCAGCAGGUACUGGAAUCAACAUGGUGAUCUCUGCUGAUGAAGUUAAAAAAACUAUUCAUCGGGACUCCACUACACUAGGCGCGCUACUGCGGCAACAACAGGUCGCUAUGGGAAAGGAAAGAGACGACAGGUCAAAGAACCCAGCUAUCGUCAGCGGUAAAUCGGAUCUUUACAGCCGGACAGGUCAACAUGACCUGAGCGACGCCCUGAGACUCACAAUCACGUAUUCGCCAGCUGUCGACAAAUCCAACCUUCUGGGAGGCGGCGACUGGAACAUAGCGCACGCGCUCGAGGUCGAUUCCACCUCAUCUGCUUCCCCCACCCAAAGGAAAUUCAAGAGAUUGCGCAAGUGUAUAUGCCCUCUACUGUACCAGCCUGUUUGUGGCGUUGACGGUGUAACGUAUAGUAACGAGUGCUUGCUCAAGUGCAACAAGGUCCGGCCAGAGCAUGACGGACCUUGCGAGGAGGACUCUGCACCACCACCAGACGUACCGGGUCCAAGACCAGAAGAUUGUCCGUGCCCUCUGUUGGAUGAGCCAGUUUGCGGCAACGACAAUAAAACGUACAGCAGUGAGUGCGUUAUGAAGUGUCACGGUGUUGACCUGGCGUACAACGGCCCCUGCCUGGCAGACAAUCAAGACUCGACAGCCAGAUGCCACUGCUCUAGUCGAGUGGAUCCGGUAUGUGGUAUGGACGGACUGACCUACCCAAAUCAGUGCAUGUUGCGGUGCAAUAACGUGAAGAGGAAGCACCGGGGAGCAUGCAGCAAAGUAGGCAGUCCCGAAAACUGCUCGUGCUCAGAUACCGUCGACCUAGUGUGCGGUCAUGAUGGCGUUACAUAUAACAAUAAGUGCCUGAUGGAAUGUCACGGCAGCACACUCGACCAUCUUGGCGCCUGUGACCUCCUACGAGGAUCUGGGGUGGAAGACGACUGCGGUUGUACCCAGGACUACCAGCCGAUUUGCGGCAAGGAUGGCAACACGUAUUACAACAAGUGCUUGUUAAAAUGCGAGGGUGUUAAAGUGGCUCACAAGGGUGAGUGCACACCGGCGCCUGUCCCAGAUUCCAACAGCUGUGCCUGUCCCCUGAUCGAGGAUCCUGUUUGUGGCAGGGAUGGUGUCACAUACGCGAACGAUUGCCUAAUGAAGUGUAACCGCACCCGACUAGCGUAUCGCGGAGAGUGCAAGCAAGAGGAUGAUGAAGUCUGCGACUGCCCCAAGGACUUCGACCCUGUUUGUGGCAAGGAUGGGGUCACAUAUCAGAACCGGUGCCAGCUGAAGUGUGCCCGAGUCAGAUUCGCACAUGGUGGUGAGUGCGGAUCAACAUGUCAGUGCAAAUUUGCACUUUCAGAGCCUGUUUGUGGUGUUGAUGGCAAAACAUACGCUAAUCGGUGUCUUCUACGAUGCAACAAAACGAGACUGGACCAUAUGGGCCCGUGCACUGCUGAUGAAUCAAAUACGUCACCAAUAACUGCCCUAAAGACAGCAUCAUCACCUGAGAGGGAGUGUGCGUGCCCUUUUAAUAUCGACCCCGUCUGCGGUAUGGAUGGCAAGACAUAUGAUAACAAGUGCCUCAUGCGGUGCAGCGGGAUUCUCCGGAAGCAUGACGGGGAAUGUGUAACGGAGCAAAAGGCUUGUAACUGCCCAAAAACAUACGACCCUGUCUGUGGAAGAGACGGGGACACCUACGACAACAGUUGCGUCAUGAAGUGCGCGAAAGUCACUAUGAAACACCGAGGACCUUGCGAGGAAGAUGCAGAGGGUGGCGAAGCAAUCCAUACAUGUAACUGCCCAAAGAUACACGACCCGGUUUGUGGCAGGGAUGGAAAGACUUAUGAGAACGCGUGCCUGCUCAGGUGUGAAAAAAUCAGACUUAAGCAUUGGGGCCGCUGCGACGACCUGGAGACAAGUUCCACACUCUGCAAGUGCUCAAAAAUCCAUGAUCCAGUUUGUGGUGAUGAUGAAGUAACUUACAACAACGAAUGCAUGCUCCAGUGCGCCAAUUCAACUUUGAAGCACAGAGGUCCCUGCCAGAGUGCCGAGCUGGAAGCCGAGACAAACAGCAACGCAUGCAUCUGCCCGAAAGUUUGGGAUCCAGUGUGUGGCAGAGAUGAUAAAACGUAUGCCAAUGCCUGCACCAUGAAAUGUAAAAACAUCACACUGCAGCACAGGGGACAGUGCCAGAAUACUUCUACCAUUCCAUCCCAAGGCAGUCCUGUCACUGAUGGGACGGAAGUGCAGGACGUGGGUGACAAUAACAAGCCGAGUUUGACAGAGCCCGCGCGUACUGCAACCAAACGAGCAUUUAGUCCAACCGCGUCUAGCAAGACCUGGACAAAGAAAUUCGACUCUGAACCUUUCUUGGGCAAAGGGCAUUAA